AAAUCUUCAAUUAUAUACCCUAAAAUUGAAUACCCUAAUCUCUCUCUCUCCAGCUCUCGCUCUCGAUCUCCAACAAAAAGGCUUUAAACCAGACCCUAGAUCAUGGCUGGGGUAUACGGUGGUCAGGAUGGCGGCGAUGGUACCGCUCCAUCCUACGGUGAUGGCGGAUAUGGUGGACCCGGUGGUUACGGUGGUGGUGGGGGAUAUGGAGGAGGCGGCGGUGGAGGAGGAUAUGAUGGUGGCGGUGGCGGUGGCUAUGGAGGACGAGGUGAUGGUGGUUAUGGUGGAGGCGGUGGUGGUCGUAGUGGAGGUCACGGUGGUCGUGGCGGCGGAUAUGGAGGAGGUGGUGGCAGAGGAAAUCGAGGAGGUGGAGGAGCAUACCAAGGCGGGGACCGCGGUGGCCGAGGAGGUGGUGGUAGAGGUGGUGGCCGGGGAGGUGGAAGCGGCAGGGACGGUGACUGGCUUUGCCCUAACCCUAGCUGUGGGAAUUUGAACUUUGCCAGAAGAGUUGAGUGUAACAAAUGUGGUGCACCCUCUCCUGCGGGUGCUGGUGAUCGUAGUAGCAACAUGGGUGGUAGUGGUGGUGGUGGUUAUAACAGGGGUGGAAGCGGUGGCGGUUAUGGUGGUAAUCGUGGUGGUAGGGGUGAUGGUGGUAGGAAUAAUAACUAUGACAGUGGAAGAGGUGAUGGUGGUAGGAGCAACAACUAUGAUGGUGGCCGAUAUGAUGGGAGGAGUGGAGGCAAUAGAGAUAGUUCAUAUGGUGGUAAUCAAGGAAGGGAUGAUGGUGGUUAUGGCCAGGUUCCUCCACCUGUCAUCCCAUCUUAUGGCGGUUCUGGGGGAAACUAUCCACCACCACCUAAUGCUUAUGGUGGGAAUGAAAAUUAUGGAAUGGAAGCAGUUCCUCCACCAGUAAGCUAUACUGGUGGCCCAACAUCAUAUCCCCCAUCUUAUGGGGGUCCUGCGGGGGGCUAUGGUGGCGAUGGCCCAGGUGAUGCAAGGAGCGGUGGUAGAGGUGGCCCUCCUGGUGGGUUCGAUGGUGGGUAUGGCGCUGGUGGUCCACGACAUCAGGGAGGUGGUUAUGGUGGAGCUUCUGUUGAUCCCCCUGUUAAAGUCAAGCAGUGCGAUGAGAAUUGUGAUGAUUCUUGUGACAAUUCAAGAAUAUACAUCUCAAAUCUGCCUCCAGAUGUUACUACUGAAGAGCUGAGGGAACUUUUUGGUGGAAUUGGACAAGUUGGAAGAAUCAAGCAGAAGCGUGGCUAUAAGGAUCAGUGGCCAUGGAAUAUUAAAAUAUACACCGAUGAGAAGGGAAAUAAUAAAGGCGACGCAUGCUUGGCUUAUGAAGAUCCUGGGGCUGCCCACUCUGCGGGUGGCUUUUACAACAAUUAUGAUAUGAGGGGUUAUAAAAUCAAUGUUACAAUGGCAGAGAAGUCUGCGCCAAGGGCUCCGCCAGCAUAUGACCACAGGUUGCUUCUCUAUCCAUGGCAGGACAUCAUUUGGAUUGCUGCUUUUUGUUUAAGCUUGUUGCGUUUUUCAGCCAUUGUUUUUGCUUAUAUGUGCUAUUUCUUGUGGUUCUACAUUUGUUAAUUGGGGUGUGCUUUGUUUUGUCGUGUACUAGCUGGAUAUCUGUGAUUAUGCUGUGGGAAUGUAUUUAUUCAUCUGUUUUACAUGUUUUGGAAGUGUUUGCAGAAAGUGUGUGGCUGCUACAGAUCACUGGUUUAGUUUCCUUCUUCAUGCAUGUUGUUUUAUCAUGUCUAGUUU